AUGUCAAUCUGGUUGCCAUAUAAGGGCACAGGGGCACAGUGCCAAAACAUCAAUAUAUUGGGUUUGAUUGCAGCUAUCUCUAUGGCUCCUCCACCUCCAGCUCCUCCAGCUUCUGCUCCUGCUCCCACCUCCUCUCCUGCUCCCGCUUCAACCACUCCUGCCCCCACUCCAGCUCCCGCAGCUCCCGCCGCCGCCGCUCCUGCUCCCGCUCCUCCCAUUCCCAUACCCACACCCAUAUCCACACCCACACCCACACCUGUAUCCACACCCACACCCACACUUGCACUUGCACCCACUCCCACACACGCUCCCACUCCCGCACACGCUCCCACAUCCACCAUAGCAGCCCCCCCAGCACUCGACGUCGCCUCUGCCGGGUCCGAUGGACAGAAAUCUGGCUCUUCAGAGAAUUAUUAG